AGUUUUUGCUUAUGAUUGAGUAGUGCUAACUGAAGAAAAUGGUAUAAAUAGUGAAAAUAAUUAAUAAAAGAUACAUUCGUUCGUCAACAAGUCUUCGUUGAAGUAUAUUUAACAGAAAAACUUGUAGACGCGAAUGUGUUGAUCAAGAAAUUUAUUUGGUUAUACCAGUAAAUUUGUGAUAAACAUUACUAAGAAAUAUGGUUGCUAAAGAAGGAAUUUUGCUGUUGUGUGCGAAUAUCACAUUCUUAGGCAUAUUGGCAAGCGUUACUAUUGGCCCUAUUUACCACAUUAUCAUUUGGAGGGAAAAUUUUGGUGAGAUAAUUUCAUAUAAAGCCAUACCUGAAGAUGUAUCACUAAAACCCUACGAAAUCAAUAAAACUGAGGUCCCAACUAUAAAUACGAAAGUUUGUAUUGUAACAUCAUUCAUAGUACCAAAAUAUCAAUGCUAUAUGAUAGCUACGACGGUCGUUGCUGUCUUACUUGGGGGUUUUGGAUUACCAUUUGGUCUAAAGUAUUUAGAUUAUGGAAGUUUAAAUUUUAAAAUUGGAAUUGCUGUCAUAUAUGAUCCAUCAGUUAAUAGCUUGAAAGUAUGCGGAGACUACAAUAAUCCACAUAAUAAAGCAGCAGCAAAAAUUUCAAGUGAUAUCCGAAACGAAGAAGAGAUUGAAAGAGAUCCUUCAGAAAUAAACAACAUAUCAAGAAAAAGGGAUACUGCUACUUAUUUAUAUAGGACUACCAACGUUAACCCAACAAGCAUGAGUUUGAAAAAAGUACACAACUUUAAACCUUUUUUUGGUCAACAUUGCGAGACAACAGCUGUUGGAUGUUUGCUGAAACAUCUAGGUAUUGAUCUCUCCGAACCGAUGUUGUUCGGUAUUGGUGAAGGGCUAAAUUAUAUGGGUUGGAGAAUGAAAUCUAUGGAUACACCAUUUUUUGGUGGACGGCCUAAACCGGAUGGAUUAUUACAAAAAAUUUGCGAAAAUUUAAACCUAAAGAAUCAAGACAUUCCAGUUGGUCUAAAAUUAGAUUGUUACCAUUUGGAUUAUAUGGAUUAUAUGCCUGAAAAGAUUCACUUUGGAGCCCAUUAUGCAACAAUAUUUGGAUAUGACGAAACGGACGCAUAUAUGAUUGAUACAGCGGAACAAAAGGAAUUAAAAACCAAAUUAAAGAAUUUAGAACUAGCAAGAAGUGAAAAAGCUCCAAUGUCAUCUAAAAAUAAGAGUUUUAUUAUAGAGAAAGGAUCAGAACCCUAUGAUUUAAAGGCUGUUAUUAAAAAUGCCAUUUAUAAUAAUGCAAAAAGCUAUUUAAACCCUCCAAUAUCGAACAUGGGCUACAAAGGAAUUCUUAAGAGUAGCACAGAAAUUAAAAAGUGGUUUAAAGAAAGCAAAGAUGUCAAAAAGGAUUUUGGAACUUUAGCAAUGCUUAUGGAGAGAGCUGGAACGGGUGGUGCUGUAUUCCGCAAUAUGUAUCGCGAUUUCUUACUCGAGUCUUACGAAUUGCUUGGUACAGAGGAAUAUCAUGAUGCCUACAUUGAUUUUAAAGAAAUCAGUAAACUUUGGACACAAGUUGCCCAACUUUUCGAGGAAGUUGCUGAAACUGAAGAUGUUAAAUAUAUUGAUGAUGCAUCAAAAAUUCUGAUAACACUAUCAGAGAUGGAGAAAAACGCAAUGGAAACACUAUUUAGUGUAAAACCUUAA